UUAUCGAUCAUCGUACCUACAGACAAGGCGUGUAAUGUAAUGUAAUGCGAUAAGGACAGCAAUAUUCAUUAAUUCCACCAUUUCAUCGCUACGCGACGCUACGCAACAUCUCAGUGUCUAUGAGUCGAUUAAAUUUUCAAUUGAACAUUGGAAAGUAAAUUAGUUUUUUUGGAAAUUUGCACAACUACUUUCGUAACUAAAUCUGUUCAAUUGAAAUUCCACUCUCAAUUUUCUUUCAAGUGAAAAAACGCAUUCCACCACUCACAGUCUAACAUAAUUACAAAUUGUAUAUUAAAAAUAAAUUAAUUAAUUAAUUUUUAUUGUUUGCAAAUAUGUAAACUAUUUUCAAACUGCGCCAGCUGUAGUCUCCGUGUAAAUGAACAGAAUAUAUUGAAAAAUGAGAUUAUUUAUUGUAGAAUUAUCGUACAUUUUACAUAAUAUUUAAUACUACUAAUUGUAAAUUAUGCGAACAAAUUAACUACUUAUGGAUGUAUUCUCUCUCUUGUUCCCUAUUCCACUUUAUAUUUUACGUUCGUAAUUACUAUUCAACUACGAUAUAUAUUUUACGCGAGAAUAUUUGAAUUUUAAAAGGAAUUAUCAGGAAUUUUACAUAGUUUACAUACAAAUGUUAUUAUGUUAUUUAUAAUUUUACAGUGUCCUAUAUUCCUAUAAAAAGUCAUAAAUUUUCUAUGUCAUCGUAGACAUCUAAUGUUUGACAUUGAUUUAGUCAGAAUGUUGCUUUAUAGUUAUUAAUCAUUUUAAUAAAUGAUGGAUGAAUCAUUAUCGUGUAACUUACGUGUCAGUAAUAUUUUCGAUCAAUUUCUACUACUGAAAUAAGUAUCAGAAAUAAAAAUAUACGGCGAAAAAGAAUGAUUAUAUUUAUGUAAUGAGUCGAAAAGGUUGCGCAAUGUCACACGUUCAUUCAGUCCAUUCUUGAUUGUAUUUUGUUAUUCUAUGAAUUCUUUUAUGACUUCAUUCUAUGAAAAAUAGUUGAUUAUUUGGUUUACGGUGUUAACAACAGUUACAUAUACACAGAUGAACCCACUUAUAAAUCGCGCAAUUUUUACUAACGAACGAUUGUCAUUUGGUUAUUUCAUACGACGACAAUUUCGAUUAUCAUCUCAAAACAUGGUUAUCGCUGUAGGAGAAAAGUUACCCACAAUUGAUCUUUUUGAAGAUUCUCCCGCAAAUAAAGUAAAUCUUGGCAAAAUCGCUGCUGGGAAAAAAAUUGUAGUUUUUGGAGUGCCAGGUGCAUUCACACCAGGAUGUUCAAAGACACAUCUUCCUGGUUAUAUACAAAAAGCUGAUGAAUUAAAAUCUAAAGGAGUUGCAGAAAUCUUUUGUAUUUCUGUAAAUGAUCCAUUUGUAAUGGCAGCGUGGGGUAAAGAACACGGAGCAGAAGGCAAAGUACGCAUGCUGGCAGAUCCUUCAGCUCAGUUUACAGAUGCAUUGGAGCUAUCUGUAGAUUUACCGGUAUUGGGUGGAAAAAGAAGUAAACGAUACUCUAUGAUUCUUGAAGAUGGAAUAGUUAAAGACUUGAACGUUGAACCUGAUAAUACAGGCCUCUCUUGUUCAUUAGCACAAAAUAUUAAACUUUAAAAUAUACUCUAUCGAGUAUUAUCUAAUAAUUUCUCGUUAGAAAAUUAUUAAUAGUUUUUUGAUGAAUUUAUAAAUUCUGUCAUGUGUGCGUAAAAUAAAACGAUUAUUCAUUACACGAUAUUACAAUUUUGUUAAAUAAAAUACAUGUACCUGUAUUUCAUAUAUACUUUUAAUAUGUUUUAUUUCAUGUCUAUUAUCUCAGAUGGUUUUGAUUCUUGAAUAUUAGUGCUUGUAAAAUUAAAACAAAAAAUACUUUUUUUGAAAGUAAUAUAUUUUUACUCGUGUAAUAAAAUAACAUCAACUCGUUUGUCGAUCUCCAUCAACUCGUAAAUAUAAAAUUAUAAUUUUC